AUGACGAACCAAGAUAGUGGGGUCAACGGCGGCGGGCGGCGCCACCAGGAGCAGGCGGAGAGCAACGGCACCGCCGCCGCGGGGAAGAAGACGCCUUCCAAGGACCGGCACAGCAAGGUCGACGGCCGCGGGCGGCGGAUCCGGAUGCCCAUCAUCUGCGCCGCCAGAGUCUUUCAGCUCACCCGCGAGCUCGGCCACAAGUCCGACGGGCAGACCAUCGAGUGGCUCCUCCGGCAGGCGGAGCCGGCGAUCAUCGCCGCCACAGGCACCGGCACCACCCCCGCUUCCUUCUCCACCGUCAACGCCUCCAUGCGCAACGCCCAGAACGGCCAGUCCUCCUGCUCCACCUCCUCCGCCGCCUCCCUCGACCAGAAUGCCGGCGGGGUCCCCUCCGCGAUGGCCGCUCCCUUCAUUCUCGGCAAGCGGCUACGCGCCGACGGCCAGUCGAAGGACGACGGCGGCGUCGGAGGGGGAGGAGGAGGAGCACCUAUGGGUGUGGGGAUUGGAGCAAGUGGCGGUUUCUGGGCGCUGCCAGCAAGGGCGUCGGAGUUUGGGCAGAUGUGGAGCUUUGCUACGCCGGAGAUGAUGAUGCAGCCGGCCAUGGCGGGGAGAUUUGCGGUGGCGCAACCGAUCGGGGAGUCGGCGGCGGCGAGGGCGGGGAACCAUUUGCCCACUGCUCAGCGGCAUCUAAACUUCCUUGCAUCUCUGUCCGGUGCUCCGGCCGCCACAACGGGUGGGAGACUGGAGGAAGAACCCCGUUGA